AUGGCAAAGGCAAGAUUCCAGACAAAGUGUAAAGAGAUAUUUGAGGAAGAAAAGAUUGCUUCUAUCUGGGAGCAGGACGAGAGGCUUCAUAAAAACUUCAAUGACUCUGCACAGCUAAUGGUAAUUGAAUUCUACAAUGGAGGCUUAAAAUUGAGCUGCAGCUACCCAGAAGCUGCCCGGGACUUUAAAAUGCAGUUGCUGAAAGGGAAUGGAAAGCAAAAAGUCUGUGAACUCAAAAAGGAUAAUCAAGAUGUUCAAAUGACCAAGGAGAUGGAAUCUUGUCAGCCUAAGCUUUCCAAUACAAGUGUAAUUUUCUUCUUGUCUGACUUGGACAGCACCCACACUGACCAUUACUUCUGUAGUCUACAUGUUACUUAUCCUCCUCCUUUCUUGAACAGUACUCCAAAUGGAGCUUAUUUACAUAUCUAUGAAUCAAAAUCUUGCUUCCAUAUGCCCUUAUGGUUAUCUCUUGGAGUUGCAUUUUCCCUCUGUUUUAUUGGAAUAUUAAUUGGUAUAUUUUCUAACUGUAUAAGAAAAAGGAUAAGUCAAAGCAGGUCUAGUUUGCAUGAAACUAAUAGUGAAUACAUGCCAAUGGCAGCGGUGAAUGCAGCUAAAAAUCCUGGAUUCAAAGGUGGGUCUCAAUUUGAGGCUUUAUUCAAUGAUGGAAGCUUUAGGUCUUAA